GCGGCACAUCGUUUAUUUCGGCGUCUCGGGCGCGUUGCGUUUUCGCGUGCUCGUGUAUGUAUGUUUUGCUCUUCGUCCUCGUCGCAAAACGUGCGGCGCGUGAACUCCUGUGCCCUCCCGUAUUCGUUCGAGGUUCACUGGAAAGCAGCAGCUGCUUGACGAACUCGUUACUGCGGGUGUGUGUUUACGAGAUCAGCGACAGCCCCGGCGUUCGCGUCGGUGGCGCUGACGGUGUUCGAACGUUGUUGACGGCGUUCUGCUGGUGUUGGUGUUACUUCGAGGCCCCAAGUUCGAAAAUGCCGAGCGUCAAGGAGUGCAACAAUGACAGCGAAGGCGAAGAGAUGGACCAGGAGACGCCCGAGAGUGAAAAAACGAGCAACGAGGACUCGGAUUCCUCGUCCGGAUCGGAAGAUGACAGUUCAGAGAUGGACGAGGAAGACUGCGAGAGAAGGCGGUCGGAGUGCAUCGACGACAUGGCUGACCUCGAGCGACAGUUCAUGCACCUCAAGGAACAGCUUUACCUCGAGCGAGCACACCAAAUCGAAGCGAAACUUGAAGAGGUAAAACUGGGCCGCGCACCUGAAUACCUGCAGCCGCUUGAAGACCUUCAGGACAACAUGAGGAUACGGAUAGAGGUCGCAGGUAUUCUCAAGGAAAUGAAGUUGAAAAACAUCAAGCGAAAGUACGAAGCUGAGGAAAUCGCUGCAUUCCAAAACUUUGAGAGCGAACGAGCUUUGUUGCAAGACUCCAUCCGAUGCGAACUCGAGGAGAAGAUCAGACGGCUCGAGGAAGACCGCAACAGUAUUGACAUCACGUCAGAUCUCUGGAGUGAGCAGGUCACCCACAAGAAGAGCCGACGCAAGACGGACUCGAUGACGACCGACCGGCGGAAAAAACCAGUCACCGUCUCUGGGCCCUACAUCGUGUACAUGCUGCGGGAAAACGAGAUCCUGGAAGACUGGACGGCCAUAAGGAAAGCAUUGAAGACAGCGAGGCAGAAGAAUGACUUGCUCGUGUGAGCAGCGACUGCCUUUCGGACAUUGAAACAACGCCUCAGGACGUCCGAGUUGUACAUAGAAGUCUGGAAUUUUCAUGACGACUCAAGUCAUCAGACCCACGAAAGCUCAAGGGUGCAUGUCAUUUCUGAAUGAGCAUUUAUUGCUGUACAGUGCUUUCAGCCUGCAUGUUUUUCUUUUUGACUUUCUUUUUUGCGGACUGCAUGGCUUUUACAACAUUCUUUUAGUGCGAUUUUUAUUGAAAAGUGUAAAGUACUUAAACAGCACUGAUUAGCAGUGCCACCAACCCGAGUGUCGAAGCAGUCUGUUGCUGUGCAGCUUGAAGGCCUUUCUUUUUUUCUCGAGAGAAAACACUGCUUGCACAUCAUGCUGACCUGUAAAUAAACAUCGUUUGUCAACGACACAGA